CGCAAGUGAACCUGAAAAGCUUGUGAAGUCUGGAUUCCGCUGUUCAAAGUGAAAUUAUGGUUUCCUUUAGAUGUCCACAGUUCUUUUAACUUUUAUUUAAAGUGUGUAACGUUUGAAGUGAAGCCUCGCGAAAUACGAACAACAGCUAACGCCGUUAGCUUUAGCUUAUGUUUGAAAUAUCAGUGGAGUUUGAAUGGACAGAAGGAAAUUUCGCACUGAUUUAUUAAAAAAUGUCUAACAUCCAAAUGCUGAGAUCUGUAGUGAACCAGAGACUGACUGCUGCUGUUGAAGAGGUUUUUGAGCUGUUACAGAGAGCGAUAUCAGAGUAUGAGGAUCAACUUAGCCGAGCUAAAGAGGAAAACCAUCGACAACAGAAACUCCUGGACGCUGUUUACAACCCUGAAGUCCAGCUACACAGAGCAGCCUUUGGCAAUCUAAAUCUCCUGCCAGAGGGUAGGAGCUCAAAGUCAGCAUGGAGAGGAUGAUCAGGACACUGUCUGAUAUCCUGAGCCUUAGAGUUUACCCUCCUGCAAAAGGUUGUAGACAGAACAGACAUCCAACAGCUGAUGGUGAGUAAAGAGGAGAUUCUCCCUGUGCAGAUAGGGAGUAGCUUCAGCCUGAACUGUAUGAUUUCUGAGCCUUUACACCUGAAAGAGGAACUGGAGGAAGUGGAACUGUGCAGUAAACAGGCUAGAGAGCCGCUUCAUGGAGCAGAAGAGGCUGAUCUUAUCAACAAUUUCACACUAACUUUUGUCACUGUGAAAAGUGAAACAGGCGAUGAGGAAAAACAUCAUUUCUUGCAGCUUCAGGAAGACCAAUGUGAAGUGAACAGAGACACAGAGCAUUUGGAAUCAGAAGCUGAUGGAGAGGACUGUGGAGGAUCAGGCGCAGAUAGAGGCUUGAAUCUGGACAGUCAUUUACAACUAGUUACGGCUGACAAGACUUCAUGCAGUUCUGGAUGUAAAACUGGUGACAGUGCUGAUUGUUUGAUGAGUGAUGAACCUCAGGAAGAUUUGAACCCUCUUCUAAACAAAGAAGUGGCUGAAAGUGGUAUGAAAUAUGACACUGGUAACUCAUCUGUUAGCACCCCUGAAUGUGGACCAACCUUCGGACUGAAGACACAACUGCAGGGACACAAAGGAAUCCACACAGGAGAGAAACUGUUCCAGUGCAAAGUUUGUGGUAAAAGAUACUCUAGAAAGGGAAAUCUAAAACAACACAUGCUACGUCACUCAGCAGAGAAGCCUUUCAGCUGCUCAGUUUGUAGUAGAACUUUUGUCAGCAGAGCAGAGAUAGUGAGGCACAUGAGAUCCCACACUGGAGAAAAACCUUUCGAGUGUGGGGUUUGUGGUAAAAGUUUUAGUCACAAGGGAUCUAUGAAAAUUCACUCUGCUAUCCACACAGGAGUAAAACCAUUCAGUUGUUCUGUUUGUGGUAAAAGAUAUUCUAGUCUUGGACAACUGAGGCAACACUCAGCUGUCCAUACAGGGGAGAAACCAUUCAGCUGCCAUGUUUGUAAACAAAACUGUUACUCAAAAUCAGCUUUUGUGAGGCACAUGAGGAUCCAUACGGGAGAGAAACCAUUUAGCUGCUCAGUUUGUGGUAAAGGAUUUACUCUCGUUGGCAAUUUAAGGCAACAUGCUGUUGUUCACACAGGGGAGAAACCAUUCAGUUGCAGUGUUUGUCAUAAAAAAUUCUCUUGGCAUUGGUCUCUCAAAAAACACAAGUGUGUUAAGACUAGUCAAACAUGAAUGAAACCAUUAGAUACUCAUCAAAUGUCCCUUUUUGUCUGCACAGGUGAAGUCCAACCAUGAUGAAAUGAUCUGACUUCUACCUGUCAAUAGUUUAUUUUGAGUAUUUGGAUCCUGUUUUGUUCAGUCUAUCUGCUUCUGUAUGUUCAACGCUUGCUUUUUGUGAUCAAACUAUUCAAGUUUUCUAUGGCAGGGAUCUGAAAAGCUUUUCAAAAAAUACUUUGACCUUCUAUUAACCAUAAUGUCAUUAAAAUCAGAAUCUCUGAGCACAGGACAAGGCUUAAGGCCAAUAUUGGACACUUGUGAUGUUCGGGCCCUCAGGGGCCACUACAUAAAAAUCUGGUAUGAUAGACUCUUCCAGAAAUAACUGUCUGCAACACAGUUGGCCAUGCCAUCCACAAAUACAAGUUUAAGCUUUACCAUGCAAAGAAGAAGCCAUUUGUGAACGGGAUCCAGAAAUGCUGCAGCCUUCACUGGGUCAAAGCUCUUUAAAAAUAGACUGAGGCAAAAUGGAAAACUGUUCUGUGGUCAGUCUCCUCAUUUUUCAGAUGUUUACAGAUUUAGAAAAGAAGAGGGGAUGCUGCACGAUGGUAAACAUGG